AUGUGUUUGUUCAUAUAUUUGUUCCGUCGUGUUAGAGAUGAUGAGUCUAGGCACCCUAACAGAUAUUGGACCAAAGUUGAGUUAGAUGCCACUUUGGUCCAGAUUAUUUCAGCCUUAGUUGUUCUGAGUCUGAAUGUGGCAAGAGAUGAAUAUCCACAAAUGCCAUUGUUGAUAUGGUUCAUCGGUUAUACUUGUGGCUGUACUGCAAAUCUCCCUGUCCUCUAUUGGCGUAUUCACACUUUUGACCAAGAUCCACCUGAAACUACAUCACUCGGUGCUGUAGAUGAAGAAGUUAACAAACAAGCUGUUGGGGAUGAAUACUCAAGAACAAGAAUCCAUAAGGUGAUGGAAGUUUUGAAGGUGGCUGUUGAAUUUUUCUUUAUUGGAUGGUUUUUGGGGUAUCAUUGGUUCUAUUAUGACAAACCAUCCCCUGAUGAUGGUUCUCUACUGUACUGGUGA